UUGCGAGUGUCGUCGGUCGGUGAAUAUGUGGUCGGUUAUCGUAUUGGCCGCGGUUCUUGGGUUAACAACCCCCGAACCACUGCUUCGCACCUGCGAACCCAUCCGGGUGGAAUUAUGCACUGGACUGGGCUACAACUUCACCGGAAUGCCCAAUUUAGGCGGAAACGAAUUACAACAAGAGGCGGAUUACACAUUAAAAACUUUUUCACCCUUAAUACAAUUCGGGUGCAGUUCGCAACUCAAGUUAUUCUUAUGUUCCGUGUACGUUCCAAUGUGUACUGAAAAAGUUACGAACCCUAUCGGACCUUGUCGGGGUCUAUGUGAAAGUGUUAGGUCCAGGUGUUAUCCCGUGCUGCAAGGUUUCGGGUUUCCUUGGCCUGACGCGCUUAAUUGUUCGCGUUUUCCCGAAGAAAAUAAUCACGAACACAUGUGCAUGGAAGGCCCGAAAGAUUUAGGGAUUGACAUCACAGCCCCUGUAUUACCUGCCAUUCAAAACUUUGACUGUCCCCCAAACCAUGACAAAACUGAUGUUUCUGGGGCUUGUGUCCCGAUUUGUAACGCUGACAUUCUUUUCGACUCAUCCGAGAAAAAGUUUGCUGAGGUGUGGAUAACAGUAUGGACCAUCAUCUGCCUCGUUUCGAGCACCGCAGCCGUCUUAACCUUGAGCAUAGGGGGUGGCAGGGUACGAGCUCGACCCCUUGUCAGUCUUGCUUUGUGUUACUGUUUUGUAAGCGGGGGUUGGGCAUUGAGAAUGCUUAUGGGACGUUCGUACACCUCCUGUCUCCCAGCGGGAAUUCCCAUGGGUGGAAGAAGAUAUGAAAUACCUGAAGACGGAUUCUCUAAUCCAAAUUGUGCCAUUACAUUUUUACUGGUUUAUUACUUUGGAAUGGCUUCGAAUAUUUGGUGGGUUUGUCUUUGCGCUUGGUGGGUUGCCAGAGCAGGGCUGUCAUGGACACCAGAGAAAUUGAGAUCUAUGGGCACGUUUUUACACGUUGUAGCUUGGGGAUUACCCGCUGCACAAACCGUAGCUGCUCUUGUUCGAAGAGAAGUUGAUGCCGAUGAGUUAACAGGUACCUGUUACGUUGGGAACAAGGAUCCUACAACUCUUCUCGCUCUCGUUUUAGUACCGCAGCUGCUUUAUUUAACGGCUGGUGUAGCCCUGUUAAUAUUCGGCUGUAUCCUUGUGAUUCGCAAACCACGUCCCCUAGCUGCCGCGCCAUUAACCGGUGCCACCCCAAGAAAAGACAGUGAUCUUCUAGGAGCCCUGUGUUCACUCUACGUCCUCCCGACCGCGUGCGUAUUCGCUUCAAUUUGCUACGAGUACAAUAAUCAUCUGGUUUGGUCAAAAGGGUUGGAGAAACCGCUUCUCUGGGUGUUUCUGUUGAAAUACUUGAUGAGUUUGUUCGUUGGGGUUAGCACGGUCUUCUGGAUAUGGGCUUCGAAAAGCAUAACGGCCUGGAAGGGUGUGUUUAGGAGGAUGGGUCCUAGGAAACAGUUGCCUGUCAAAUGCCAGCAGGUGCAGGUUAUGAGGUACGGUCCGAAUCCUAGACCUGCUGUGCCUCCUCCUUCGGCUAUCAGUACAGCUAGCAGCAGGCAUUCUUCGAGACCGCAUUCCCAAAGGAAACCCAGGGUACACCAUUAUAGGGUGGGGGGUGAGACUGUAUUGUAGGAAAGGUUUUAAGGGAGUUUCGACUGAUUCACUGCCACUUUCUUUUUUAUCAUCAUUGUGUAUAUUAAUAUUACAGUUAAUUAAGAGUAAUUUACCAUGAUUUCCUACUUCUCUUGGGAGCUCCUGAACUUUGAUUAUUAUCUAUCUGGCCAAUUACAUGACCCACCUAAUCAUCUCAUAUUACAGUUCCUUAUCAUUGUUAUACAUACAUAUAAUAAUAUAAGUUUGCUUCGUAUCGAAGCCUGUUCGAAAUACAUAAAUAACGAUUUAUAUAUAUAUAUAAAAUAAAUAAUAAGACUAUCGACUAACGACGAGUACUACUACUAAUAAUAAGAGAAAACUGUAUAAAGUGCCUUAAAUUAAUUCGUUUGCAUACAAUUUAUGUACCUAUAUAUUUCAUAGGAGAGAUGUAAAUAGACUUUGCUAUCAGUUGAGUUUACACAUUUACAAUAAUUAAUUUUACCAGCUCCACUUUUUGAUAUUGAUUUUGAACGGCUUGGGAAAGUAAUAUCGAUUUCCGUUUCAAUUCUACUUGUGAGAUAGCCAUUAUCACAUUGCUUUCGUUGUUAGUAUCUGAGAAAAAACAACAACGGCCUGUCAGAGUUGUUUCUCUCACAUUGUUCUCAGUAAUUCAUAGCCAAUUAAAAUCAAGUACCUAUUCUGAUAUAAUUGACUGUUACCGUGGUAAUGGUAUGAAUUUACCGGAUGUUAAAUGGAAAUAGGCGAUUUUACGUGGUAUCGUCUUUAACAACUACCUAUUUAUCUAUUGUGCCAUCUUUAGCCGAACAAGCAUUUUCUUUUUAGAAUAUCUUGUUUGCGUUCUGCCUCCUUUUUCUAUGUCUUUAUACCGAGUGUUUUUGCGAGAAACAUAGUAUACAUUUUUAUUUAUCGAUCUUAGAGUAAGUUAAGCUUGUGAUAUUGUCCUUGUACAUUCGUCUCGUCUGUAAAUAAAUGUUUACACUGUAAUUAAUUUUUGAGUUUUCUUUUCUUGUUUAAUAGGGUGGAAAGGAAAAAAAA